UUGAUUCCAAAGGGAUUACCGAACUACUGUUAAAUGCCCACCUACUGCUGCACUCCAAGGGUUGAGGAGGACGGAUAUUUUUCUUAGCUGUCGGACACUUUGUGCAUGCUGGCACAGCAGCCAAACAACUUGGACACUGUUCUCCCAUCGCAGAGAAUCAUGAAGCCAGGGUUGACUAGCGUGUGCCUCUACAUAUCAAGAGGAUUAUACGGGUGCUCCAAGUACUGUUUCCUCAUAUCGAGGAGUGGAGUUCCACGAUUCUUGAUGUGUAACUUUAAAUACGAGUUCGUUCCACUGAUUGGUAAAGGUACAUUCUGCCGUCCGGCACCUCUGAGAAUAUUUAGACUGAACUUGGGUGAUCCGUCGUUGCGUGUCCCUGUCUAUCAUUGGCUCUCCAGAACUUGGUGCGUAAAGUGGCUGAUGUGUAUCGGACGCGGCGACUAGAUUGGGCUGCCACUGCAGCUCGACGGGAGAAAUUUUCCUGCGUCUUGUGCAACUGUGAGGGAGAUGAGUUCAAGGCUCAAUUCCAGCUUACAACUCAUCACUUCACAUGAGAUGAGCUUCGAGUUUCCAACAUUCUUUUCUCCCCAAUGCUAUCAAAGACUGCAGUGUGUUCAAGAAGCUCAGGGCAUAUGUGGACGCUUUUGAUGGACCGUGUCCUGUUAUUGCAAUGUUUCAGAAUACAUCUUCCGGGAAAAUGAACAGGGGAAUUCAAUCAUGCUCAUCAUUACCUUUUGCUCAACAUUCUUCGACAUGUAGGACAAUGUGAAUAGAUAACAGUUUCAGUACAUUGUAUUCACGGAUCAGAACUCAAAAAAAUGUCAGAAUACUGUUCGUGCAUUGAAUCUUCAGAUAAUCACUCACCGAGUCAGCCCUCCCUGGCAUAAACUGCCAUUGGAGGUAGGUUGUAAAUAGAAUGAAAUUCACCGAGAGCUUUCUGUGUUCAAUACUUCGUGUCAAUAAGUCUUGUUGAGAAAGAAAGAUGAG